GUGGGCUGUAGCUAUAAAUGAAUACAUGUUGUGGGCAGCACGUGAAAGGGACGUAACACUCAGUCUGAGCAUCGGAACUUUUCAAAAGACUCGUUCGUGCAACACUUUGGGAGUCCACUUCUGCAACCCUUAAAACUUGCUGAGAUACAUUGAAGAAACCAUGCGCUUCUGAGGAGGUGGACAACUAACUAGAAGAGACGCCAAAAUGAUAUUUUCUUUCAUUUAUAUAGCAUAGAGUUUGAUUUAAAUCAAUAAACUUUUAUUUACACUUUGAAGAGGAGCCAGAACUCAGUUGCACAUUGAUUUGAAAUCAAAUGCAUUGGGUUUAUAUGAUUUAAAUUCAGUGUUGGGCAGUUUGAUUCGAACCUCUUUGGUUACAUUUAAAAAAAAGGAGAUUCCAUUACUACAAUUGAUUCAUCAGCGGUCAGUCGGUUUCCUCAUCCCGCUGAGAAUGGCAGUAUUAUGGGAUGACCCAUUCACGUUGCUGUGGAGACGGACUGUAAUCUACUCCAUUCUGGUGAUGUUGAUGAGUGGCGUGGGCACUUUAGGAGAUGAAGACUUCACUGGAGAGUCAUGGCUGCGAAUGUACGGCUACCUCCCGCAGGCCAGCAGGCAGAUGUCCACUAUGCGCUCGGCUCAAAUCCUGUCAAACGCCAUCAGCGACAUGCAGCGCUUUUAUGGCCUGGAAAUCACUGGAGAGUUGGACCCAAUCACCAUUGAGGCGAUGAAGAGACCCCGCUGUGGCGUCCCAGACAAGUUCGGUGGUCAAAUCAAGACCAAUGUGCGGCGGAAACGUUAUGCUCUCACUGGCCACAAGUGGGACAAGACUCACUUAACUUUCAGUAUUCAGAACUACACCCCUAAGAUUGGGGAGUACAACUCGUAUGAAGCCAUCCGGAAGGCCUUCAAGGUGUGGGAGAAGGUGACGCCACUCACAUUCGAUGAAAUACCUUUCCUGGAGGUCAAAUAUGGCCGUCGAAAGGAGCCCGAUAUCAUGAUCUUCUUCGCCUCUGGUUUCCAUGGUGACAGUUCACCGUUUGAUGGAGAAGGAGGUUUCCUGGCACAUGCCUACUUCCCGGGUCCAGGGAUGGGUGGAGAUACUCACUUUGACUCAGACGAGCCUUGGACCAUUGGCUCACACAACGUACAGGGUAAUGAUCUGUUCCUGGUAGCUGUGCAUGAGUUGGGCCAUGCCCUUGGACUGGAACACUCCAAUAAUCCCAUAGCUAUUAUGGCUCCUUUCUACCAGUGGAUGGACACGGAAAACUUUGAGCUUCCCGAAGAUGAUCUCCGUGGGGUUCAGCAGAUUUAUGGACCCCCUAGCAGUUCUCCCACUCAGGCUCUCCCCACCGUGACCCCUCGGCGACCAGCCCAGCCUGACCCUAGGUACCCUCCUAAGAACCCUCCCGGAGCUCCUCCUCAUCGGCCGGAUAGGCCUCGAACCACUGACCGCCCAGAUCACUAUGGCCCAAACAUCUGUGAAGGCAAUUUUGACACCGUCACCAUGCUCAGAGGAGAGAUGUUUGUUUUUAAGGGUCGAUGGUUCUGGAGAGUGAGGCGGAACAGAGUGCUAGAUAACUACCCCAUGCCUAUUGGACACUUCUGGAGGGGUCUGCCGGGAGACAUUGAUGCAGCGUAUGAACGGCAUGAUGGCCGAUUUGUGUUUUUCAAAGGAAGUCAGUAUUGGUUGUUUAGGGAAGCCAAUCUGGAGCCUGGUUACCCUCAAGAGCUGAUUGACUACGGCCGAGAUAUCCCCUAUGACAAGAUAGAUACAGCAAUCUGGUGGGAGCCUUCUGGAUUCACUUACUACUUCAAAGGAGACUGGUACUGGCGCUUUAAUGAGCACUCUCGAGCUGCAGAUCAGGACUACCCUAAACCAAUUAGUGUGUGGGGCACUUCUGUGCCGUCCUCUCCCAAAGGGGCCUUCCUCAGUGAUGAUGGAGCUUAUACGUACUUCUACAAGGGUGCAAAGUACUGGAAAUUCGAUAACCACAGAAUGAAGAGCGAGCCAGGCUACCCAAAGUCCAUUCUGAGAGACUUCAUGGGCUGUAAUGUGGACCUUGAUCCCGACAGAGACACAGACGUGGACCCAGGACGCAAGUUGCCCGAACACCCACCUUUUAACCCGGAUGCAGGGCGAGACAAAGACAAAGACAAGGAAAAGGAAAAGGAGAAGGAAAAAGAGCAGGGCAACACUAAUGAUGUUGACUACAAAGAAGAGACCGAAGAGGAAACAAAUGAGGUGGACGUAGUUUUGAAGAUAGAUGAGACCGAGCGCACCAUAAAUAUCAUCAUGGUGACGGUACCGCUGGUCCUAGUGCUGUGCAUCUUAGGAUUGAUCUACGCUAUCAUUAACACACUACAGAGGAAAGGAGCACCCAAGUAUUUAGUACACUGCAGACGUUCACUGCAGGACUGGGUUUAACCCGUCACUUUAAUCCCGCCAUGAUUCCCCAUACUUUCAUUUUAUACGUCCAAAAACUAUUUGCACACACACGCAACACAACAUAAACACUCACUCUUACACUGUGUCCUAACCAAACAUGACACGAUUCAAGAUUCCAGCGACAAGCAAUUUGUCCAUCCACACUGAACACGAAACUGCAGCGCAACGUCGCACAAUCAUAGCCAGUCAAAACAAAUUUGAUGUUCAAUGUGCAGGAUUUCCAGAGUUCACAGGAUUUUUCGACGACGGAAAAAUAGAAACCAAGCGACUGUGUUCAUCGCUUGCCGUGGUCGUGGCUGGAUAAAACGUUUAAAUAGAGUUUGUUUUUUUUCGCCAUAUUUCGUCACAUCUCGUUAGGACACUGUUUUAAGAUGGCUCUGUACACACUUUACUCCCCUUCCCAUGGUGCUUCUCUAACAUGAUGACUAGUAUAUUUAUAUCGUAAUUUUUGCACAUUGAUUUUGUGUUAAGUUUUUCGUAUUCAUAAUAUGUUUUCAUUUAUGGGUUUUUCAAUUUCUUUUUGAGAGGUAACAAUUAGCAAUCUAGUUGUACAAUCACAGUGUAAAUGAGGAACUGACAAGCAGUCUUGCAGAACAAAAAAAAGAGGAAAAGGGAUGUUGAGGAUGGAUUAUUACUACCUUCGUUCUUCUUUUCCCAUGACUUUCAACUGUGGUCUUCCUACUGAAUGGGCAAGUCAUAAUAUACUUGUUGGAAAUCCAGACUAGGAUUUACAUGUUUCUUUCCUUCGUUCCUUUUUCUUGCUCAUUUAACAUGUAGGUAAUGGGGAAUGUGGUAUUGGAUUUGUUCAUCUAAUGUCCUACUAACCUGCAAUUACUCAAUCUGUCAUUGAUUGGUUUGCACCCUUCCUAUUUGUCAUCUCCUGUGAUGUAGAAUCUCACUUCUGACGCCAUGUUGGUAAUUCUGGCACAGGUUGUCUACUUAUUUGUAAAGACAAUACAGUUGUUUUAGUAUGUCCACAAAUUAUUUCAGUCAUCCAGGUUGCUAUAGAAUGUCCAUUAAACUAAUUCACAAGCAACUGGACUUAGUUAGCCAACCAGUAAAUUGUGUUCACUGAAUUUUACCUGAUACUCUAUAGCUCUUUGUUUCGACAUCAUAAAUUAGGGACUUUCCUGUGAAUUUUGCUUACCUUGCAUGAUCAUAACAAAAAUCAAAUUUUAUUGCCUCGCUGAACCACGCAUUUAUUUUAACAAUUGUGCCUUAGUCCUGCCAACCAAACAUGUUGUAUGUGGUUUUGUUCAUAUUUGUAGAGCCCUUUUAACCACUUGAUUACAAGCUAGUGUGUUUUUAUCUCCCCACUGGUCCAGUGAUACUGUGGUAAUUGUAUUGUCAUUUGACAUUUGAGUUGCUUUCAUUUGUAAUUAAAAAAAGGCAGCAUACUCGGUAGGGGUUUUGAAAAAUCUUAAGGCUUUGGAGGCUGAGAGAAUAUCUUCUAGUACCUUCUAUGUAAUAGCUAUUGGUUGGGUGUAUAUGCAUAUUUAUAUAACAGCUUUACAUUGUUAAAUCAAAUGAACAUAUGAAAAAAGAACCAUAAAAUGCAUACCACCACUUUAAAACUCCAUGAAAUAUACUCAAGCAAGCUAGUCAGGGCCCAGUUAUAAAUAAAAAACUUUAGAGGGGCCCAUUUUUGCCUUGUAGGGAUUGUUAGAUAAUCCUCUCAUUUUAAAAACAGCAGGGGGGUGAAACGCAUUGCUGAUCUCUUCUAACCCUAACCCAAAGUUCUCCCUACCAAAGAAAUGCCACUCUCAUCGACACUGCAAGGUAGGCUAAGACUAGAGAGAAAGAAGCCGGGACAACUGUGUGAGUUCAAAAGGAAAGGGUUAAGAUGGAGAGACCUUAUCUCCAAAGUCUUUGCGAGACGGCUUGCAGUGUGUUAGUACAAAGGCUGAGCUGGAUUGUGUUACAGUGAUGGGGAAGAUUUUAAGGGUGGUAGAGCAAUAAACAGGCACAGCUAGGAUAAACCCUCUGCCAGCUCCCUAUGCUAAGGCUGAAACAUUCUUAGCGCAUGUAUGUGAACGCAAACACAUUGUUUCAUGGUACCUUGGAAUAGCACAUACUGUAAAUACAAUAGUACAUUAUUUGGGUAAAGGCUAGGGUUUACUUAGAUUUUCCGCAUGCUGUUCAGUCGAUGAUGCACAGACUCGAAAAACUAGGCUGCACUAGGACAGUCCCCUCGUUUUAAUCAUUCAAUACCUUGGUAUACAGGGGCAGAUCAUAGUCCCAUCAAGCCCCUGGGCACACAUCGUUGGAGCGCCAUCCCCCUAUUACAACCUCUAAUGGUAGACCACUUAUCCUACAAUAAGCGACAAGAGUGAUUUGGCUAAAAAUGAAAUGAAAACAUGUUUGUAUCCAUGCAAGUUCAAUUUUGUGUCUUUGCAUCCAGCGUAAUUCCUAAAACUAGAUGCCGCACUAGCUGAUUUUUCAGCUGAAAUUUCAUAUACAUAAUCGCUGGCCUGUCGGAGGGAGUUGGAGCUUGCAAUAAGGCGCAGUCACACAUACCUAUGCAUGGCGAAAUUCCGCGGGGAUAGCGUGGGUGAACCUUGAGCAUGUGUGAAACCAGCAAAAAUACAAUUGUCAGGAGCCUCUUUUUAAUGCCGCACUUUAUGCAGUACGGUAAAAUGUAUCCUUGUCUAAUGUGAUUAUUAAGUGUAGCUGUGUACGAAGCACCGCACACACAGGUCACUACCAAACCAUUGGUCAGAGUUCACCAAACUUGAACGUGAGGGGAAAUUCUCCGCCACCCGAAGUCCAUUGCACGAAAUUCCCGACUGCGUGAAUUCCCAUUGAAAUCACUAUAUUUCGCCCACGGAAUUUCACCGUAUGAAGGUAUGCGUGACCGUGCCUUUAACAUGUGCCAGCAGAAGGUCAUUAAUUCCUUGAAUCAAAACUGACUCAACUUCCUGCUGAGUUAAUGGCUCCAGAAUCUGAAAUAGCUACGAGUUUUAAAAAAUGAUUUAGUCACUGGGACGGGCUUUUUUGGUAUCGCCAAAUGACCAAUAAGCUGCUUCUUUUACUGAAGAACUGACCAGAUGUCAUGCUCUGAUCUAAACAUAGAAAUGUAUGAUACCCUUGUCCAAAAUCAAGUUGUUUUGAGUCCACUAGUGAGAUGCCAGCUUCACUCAACGGAAGUGGUGCAAAUUCCGUCUUCUACAGGAUCGUUAAUAAUCGUUUUCUCUUUCAGGUCAACUACUACAAUGGCAGAGCAACAGUUAAAGUCAACGUGUUUGUAGCUCACUAUCUUAAUAAAAACAUUGAUUUAAUCUGAUUUAAAUGUGAGGUGUAUAAUCUGCACCACGAAUGCCUCCAAACAAACAAAAUUGCCAACAAUAAUUAUUGUUUAAACAAAUUACAAAACACUCCCGGACAAAAAGGUGGUCCCCGAGUCAAUGUUGUUCCAGUCAAGCUGCUGAAACUGAUUGCAGUUUAGUUUGGUGCCACUAGUGAUGCAAUAUGUACAACGGGAUAACAGUGCAAAGUAUUUGCAUCUGCGUUUGCAUGCUUGCAUUGAGCUUAUUUUUGGCCUAAGGCUGAGCUGGUUGGGUAAGUACUGUACGAUAUGUAUCAAUUCCAUCCCUUUAUGGAAUCCUGCUGGCACACUAUCCCACAGCCCAUGUUACCAGGGUCUGCAGGUUAUUUUCGGAACACAUUCUUAGACCAGCGACGGAAAUAGGAUUCCAGUUUCAUUCACAAAUUUUCAUCAUGCCGAUGUGAUAUACUAGGCAAGAGUCCUAACAUUGUAAGAUAAAACUGCUUUUAGGUAGGUCUGUGUUUGCUUUUUGUGGUGUUUUGGUUAGACUAGACUAGCGUCUAACCUUAGAAGACAAUAUGUACUCUGACGCGGUUGAGAAAAACAAAUAGUCAACGCUUUUUAAAGGUGCCUCUGAAAGAUUUCAGUCAUUUGCCCUUCACAAUCAGCGUAAGAGUUUUGCAAAGAAAGCGAGACGAGGAGGAGAGAGGUUUUAUUAAUAUUGCCCUGUCAGACAAGGUGAAGCAGAAAGCACUUCGGUAAAUAUUAUUGAAAGAACAGAGGAGACAGGGGACAGUCAUGAUCUGAAUGCCGUCACUGAUGAAUCCAGGCGAAUACCAUUGCCAGGCGAUGUCAGUCCCCCCCCUUGCAGUGCUUCGAAGAGAGUUAAUCAGACAUAAAAGCUCUUCCGCCUCUCCCUCAACGCCCUCUACCUUCCCCUUCUUAUGCCCAGAUCAAUGAAGAAUACAUAAACAGGCUUGAAGGAUAUCUGAAAAGCAGCUCACUCUCUUUAAGAGCCUUAAGUCUGAUUCCUGUUUUAUUCCCACUAUAACCCUUUCUCUUAUCACUCCUUUAUGGCCAUGUUCACUCCAGAGACUUUUUAACCUAAUCUAACACUUAAAGUAUCAUGCUAUUACCACGUUUUUUUUUUCAUUAUGUUUUGUGAAAA